CAAAUCGAUGAGAGCAAUGGAACUGAUUGAGUCACCCCUAUUCGGCCGGAAUGUUUUUGACAUGAGAACCUUCUGUGUGGUAACUGGGGCUAGCAAGGGAUAUGGAAAAUGCAUUGUAGAUCAUUUUUGCAAAUUAUUGGCUGCUGGUUCAGCUAUGGUUUUAAUAGCAAGGUCUGAGAGUUUAUUACUGGAUGUAAAGAAUCAAUUGGAGGCUGUACGAUCUGAAAUUCUGGUUGACAUAAAAGCAACGGACUUAUCUAAAGGCGAUGAAGAUACUUUUAAGGGUAUUUUAUUAAAUUCUCUAAAAAAUAUUGGAAAGGCUGUAGAAGACUUCGAUCAGGCUGUAAUCGUACAUAAUGCUGCAAGUAUGGGAGAUAUAACUAAAAAAAUGACUGAAAUUGGAAGCUCUGGAAAUAUUAGAAAAUAUUUUGACUUAAAUGUCACUUCCGUUAUCAGUUUGAACCAUGAAUUUUUCAAAUUAUUCAACAGGAAGACAGUGAAACAAGUCGUUGUCAUCAAUGUUACCUCAAUAUGUGCUAUUCAGCCUUUUAAAACUUGGUCUUUAUACUGUUCAGGUAAAGCGUGUCGAGAUAUGCUAUUUAGAACAAUGGCUAUAGAGGAACCAGAUAUAAGGGUUUUAAAUUGGGCUCCGGGACCAUUGGAUACAGAUAUGCAGGUACUAGCCCGGUCUCAAACUGGUGAUACGGAUUUAAAAGUUAUGUUUGAAGAUAUGCAUAAUACGGGUAACCUUUUACCGUGUGAAGUUUCAGUAAAAAAGUUGGUUGAACUUUUGCAAGAAAAUACUUGGGAUACGGGAUCGCAUAUUGAUUUUUACGAUAUUUAG